AUGGAUAAGGUGUUUAGGGCAAAAGAUAUGGCAAGAAAGCAUGUAACUGGGGACUACACAAAACAGUUUGAGUUGUUGAGGGACUAUGCUCUUGAACUUCAAGCUACAAACCCAGACACAACAGUCAAAAUAGAUGUGUGUCCUAAUGGCAACCCUGCAUCCCCAACAAGGCAGUUUAGAAGGAUUUAUGUAUGCUUGGGUCCACUGAAAAAAGGUUUCAAAGCAUGUCUUAGAGACUUAGUAGGUUUGGAUGGUGCCUUCAUGAAAGGCCCAUUCCCUGGUCAGGUUCUUACAGCAGUUGGUCUAGAUUCCAACAAUGGAAUUUAUCCCUUAGCCUAUGCAAUUGUUGAGUCUGAAAACACAGCUAGCUGGAAGUGGUUUUUAGAAAACCUUGGGGAUGACUUGGAGCUUGGGAGCAACUCAAACUAUACUUUCAUAAGUGACAGGCAAAAGGGAUUACAAAUUGCAGUUGAUCAAUUGUUUCCCAAUGCUGAGCAUAGGUAUUGUAUUAGACAUAUUCAUGACAAUAUGAGAAAGAAGUGGGGGCAAACUGAGUACAGGGACCAUUUAUGGAGGUGUGCAUCAGCAACCACCAUUCCUGAGUUUGAACAUUUGAUGAAAGAGUUUAGUGAGUAUGAUAAGGAGGCAUGUCAAUGGUUGAAGCAAAUUCCUCCUGUACAUUGGGCAAGGAGUCAUUUCUCAGGAAGAGCUGUUUCUGAUGUGUUGAUUUCAAACAUGUGUGAAGUGUUUAAUGGGAAGAUAGAGAAAGGCAGGGACAAACCUGUAAUUUCAUGUUUAGAGUUCAUUAGGGAGUAUCUAAUGAAGAGGAUAUGCAAUGUCAUGAAGGCAAUGAAGAAGGCUAAAGGUCCACUAACACCUACAGCAACAGACAUCCUAGAUGCAAGGAAAAAAGGUGCUUCACAAUAUAUUGCUAGGUGGAAUGGGGCAAACAAGUAUCAAGUCACUGCAGCAUUGCAAGAUCAACAUGUGGUGGAUGUUAGGAACCAAACCUGUACUUGCAGAAAGUGGGAAUUAAUGGGAAUACCUUGCAGGCAUGCAAUUGCAACUCUGAAUGAAAUGAGCAAAGACCCUGAGGCUGAGCUUGACAUUUACAAGUGGGUACACAAGGUGUAUUGGCUAGAGACAUGGCAAAAAGCUUAUUCAUUUAAGGUGGAACCAAUUAAAGGGAGACCCAUGUGGCCUAAAAGUAAUUGUCCAACAAAGCUAAUCCCUCCUCCACAUCACACUCAGGUGGGAAGGCCUAAGAAAAAAAGAAGACAAAGUGAGGGUGAAAGGUUAAGCAAAAGGCAGAAGGCAAGUGCAGGUGAUGGAGUCAAUGAGAUGCAAGGAGAAAAUUCCCAAGGGCCAAGAAAUGAUGGAGUGCAGAAGCUAUCAAGGAAACAUGUUAGUGUUACUUGUAGCAAAUGCAAGAAUAAAGGACACAACUCUAGGACCUGUAAAGGGCAAGGAGGGAAUCAAUCUAAGAAGUGA